AUGUUAUUUGACAAGGAUAAAUUAGAGGAGCUCAAAGUUUACUUCUCCGAGACGGAGUGGACCAAUUUGCAGAAAUGGCUGAACUCCCCGACUCCAGCUUUCAUGAGCGGCCCCCGAUCUCGGAGAGCCAUGCUGGCAAGGGCUGCAGAGCCAAGCGACUCUGAAGAUGAGGAAUGGAACCCUUGUCUGGAGAGAAAGCCUGGACGAUCGCAGAAAGAGCGCUUGAAAUCGCAGAAGGAGCAGGCAAACGUUUACGUCCGUGGUGAAAACCUCCGCAGCAGGCAGGAAGUGUGCUACACUGAGGAAGAGGAGCCCAGAGAUGAAGAUUAUUUCUAUUGUGACGAGUGCCAGUCCUUCUUCACUGAUGAAUGCCGGCUCCACGGCCUGCCGUCGUUCAUCUUCGACUCUCCAGCGCCCGCGGGAGCCCCUGACAGGGCCCGGCUUACCCUGCCCCCUGGUCUGGAGAUCAGAGUCUCCAGCAUCCCUGGAGCAGGGCUGGGGGUGUUCGCCAAGGGACAGACAGUGCCCAGGGGAGUGCACUAUGGACCCUACGAGGGAGAGCUGACUGAGGAAGACGUAGCCAUGGAGAGCGGCUACUCCUGGAUGAUCUCCAGGAGCAAGCGCUGUGUUGAAUACAUUGAUGCCAAGAGAGAAACCCACUCCAACUGGAUGAGAUAUGUUAACUGUGCUCGAAACGAGGAGGAGCAGAAUCUAGUGGCUUUCCAGUACAGAGGGUCUAUUCUGUAUCGCUGCUUUAACCCCAUUCACCCAGGGCAGGAGCUGCUGGUGUGGUAUGGGGACGACUAUGCCAAAGACCUGGGUAUCACCUUCAACGACCUGUGGAGCAACAAGUGCUCGGCAAGGGGGGGCGAGGAUAUUCCUUCUCAGUUCUUCCCCUGUACUCAGUGUUCGCUCUCCUACACAGCAGAGAUCUACCUGCACAAGCACAUCAAGAACUCUCACCAUGAGGAAUAUGUGAGACUGCUCAGAGCAGGAUCAGUCACACCAGAGUCUCCAGCCUUCCACCAGCUCCCACAGGCACUGUGCACCCUCUCAGACUGUCCCAGAUACAGUCAGACUCCUCAGCCAGACACCAGCAGCAAGAGAGUGCAUGCAUGCGCCCAGUGUGGGAAGAGUUUCAGUCACGGGUCAGACCUUAAACGACCCCAGCGAACUCACACAGGGGAGAGGCCAUACCACUGCGCCCAGUCUGGGAAGAGUUUCAGUCACGGGUCACACCUUAAACUACACCAGCGAACUCACACAGGGGAGAGGCCAUACCACUGCGCCCAGUCUGGGAAGAGUUUCAGUCAUGGGUCAGACCUUAAACGACACCAGCGAACUCACACAGGGGAGAGGCCGUACCACUGCGCCCAGUGUGGGAAGAGUUUCAGUGUGGAGGGAACCCUUAAACUACACCAGCGAACUCACACAGGGGAGAGGCCGUACCACUGUGCCCAGUGUGGGAAGAGUUUCAGUCAGGAGGGAAACCUUAAAGGACACCAUCAAACUCACAUGCUCAAGGGCACGAUGAAUUGA